CCCAACCUAAGCUCCUUCUCAGUUUACUUACUCAAACCAUCUUCAGUUUGCAAGACUCAAGGCAGUCUCUCACUUAUCUCUCUCGCACCCACAUCAAGUGCUCUGCCUGGAGUGACUGCCUUAGUUCAUUCCUAAGUUCCCGAGGCAGACACUGUCUUCUUUGGGGAUUCCUUGAACGUCUGCACCCUUCUUGACAGGAGUCCUCUCCCCUCCACCGAGGACUCGGUACUGUAGCCAAGUUGGAGCGAAUGCCCAGAAGACACAGGGCAGGUCCAGAGAAAGGCGGGAAGGUUUUGGCCGCCAGCCCCGGGAGCACCUGCAGGAAGAGAGAGCCCUGCUCGCUCCAGUCGGGCUCUUAAAAGGAGCGGACAAACAAAUCCAUUGCCGCAGGGCAAUUUCGUAGCCAAGUGGAUGGAGACAGCAGGAACCAAAAGGGGGAGUUAACUGUGCCUGUCUCUGGCUUCCAGGUACCCCUCCCGGCAGAGCCUACAGAACCGAACUGGCGCCAAGUUUCAAUGAGGGGUGGAUGUUUUCACUCCCCUCGGGCAAUAAGUAAAAAACGCGGGGGUAGAAGGAGCGUGCAGGGAGGGAGGAAGCUCCGGUCUGGUUCUCACAGCUGAAAGCCAGAGAGCCGAGGCGGGAGGUGCGCGAAGGUGCCUCGUGGGCCGGGAAGAGUCGGAGCGGCGCGCAGGCGCACUGGGGAUUGCCGCCGGCCGGCUCUGGGGGGUACAAAGAGCGCGGCUGAGAGCCGGGGUUCCUUGAAGUCUGAGGAGUCGCCUAGGGCUCGGCGGGCCGAGGCGUCCCUCAUACCCCGCUGUGGGACGCAGCCACUGUCGCUUCCCACUCGGCGCCUCAGGUUUUCUAGUGUCUCCCGACUUCUUGCCCUUGAGGUGGCUGCGAAGUCGGGUGCGUCCUGCGCGUUUCGGGGUUUAAUUCUGCCGCUGGCCACCAGCCGGCUCCGCCCCUGCGCUCCGCCUCCUCCUCCUCUUCGGUCGGGAGGCUCAGUCUAGUCACUCAGCGGCCGGCGCGGCGCGGCAGGUUGGGAGCGGCGUCUGGAGAAUGCUUGUCACCAUACUGGAUGGACUGUUGAAAUAUUGAAUUACUUCCAUCUUUUGACCACACUAGUAAAUUGUCCGUGGAGUUGAGAUAUUUAUUGCAGGAAUUUCUGGUCUUACAUAACUGAGGUUGAAUGCAUUUGGUAACUUGAUGCAUAAAAUUUGCAUGACUCCUCACUCCUUUCUGGAUCUGUCAUUGGAUUUAAGCCAGCAUGGCUCACAUCACAAAGGUUAAUGGCUGUGCCUCAGGAAAAACAGACGAUUUUCUAAAUGGAGACCACAAGGAACAGAAAGAUCCUUAUUUUGUGGAGACCCCCUAUGGUUAUCAGCUAGACUUAGAUUUCCUCAAAUACGUGGAUGACAUACAGAAAGGAAACACCAUUAAGAAGUUGAAUAUCCAGAAGAAGAGGAAACCAUCUGCGCCAUGCUCAGAAACCAGAGCCACAGCUGGCCAGCAAGGUGUGUGGACUUCCACUGAAUCCCUCGCAUCCUCCAACAGCGAUGACAAGCAGUGCCCCAGUUUCCUCCUAGCCAGAAGCCAAGUUACAUCAACUCCAAUCCAAAGGCCACUUGCCCCUCGGGAGAUCUCACCUACUUUUCUUACUAUCCCAGAAAGUCGCCAGCUACCACCACCCUCACCCCAACUCCCAAAGCACAACCCUCAUGUCAUCAAGACACUGAUGGAAACCCGGAGAAGGCUGGAACAGGAGAGAGUCACCAUGCAGAUGACACCGUGUGAGUUCCGAAGGCCCAGACUGGCCAGUUUUGGAGGCAUGGGCUCCACGAGCUCUCUCUCCUCCUUUAUGAGUUCUGGAAACCAAAAUCCUGUCAUGCAUCAGCUCCAGAAUGGAUACCAAGGCAACGGGGAUUACAGUGGCUAUGCCCCAGCUGCUGCCACCACUUCCUCCAUGGGCAGCUCCAUCCGCCACAGUCCCCUGAGCUCAGGAAUCUCCACUCCAGUGACCAACGUGAGCCCCAUGCACCUGCAGCACAUCCGUGAGCAGAUGGCUAUUGCCCUGAAACGACUGAAGGAGCUUGAGGAGCAGGUGCGGACCAUCCCUGUGCUCCAGGUAAAGAUCUCUGUCUUGCAAGAAGAAAAAAGGCAGUUGGCUUCACAGUUGAAAAACCAAAGGGCUACAUCCCAGAACGAUGUCUGUGGUGUGAGGAAACGGUCUUAUAGUGCUGGGAAUGCAUCCCAGCUGGAACAGCUCUCCAGGGUCCGGAGAAGUGGUGGAGAGUUAUACAUUGACUAUGAGGAAGAAGAGAUGGAGAGUGUAGAGCAGAGUACACAGAGGAUAAAGGAGUUCCGGCAGCUCACAGCAGACAUGCAGGCCCUGGAGCAGAAGAUCCAAGACAGCAGCUAUGAGGCUGCCCCAGAACUCAGGGAGAACGGGGAAUGCCAGCCUCCAGGGUGUCGAUCUGUGGCCGUGGGUAGUGAUGAGGCCAUGGAAGACAUUGUUGUGUACCACAGGGCUUCCAAGUCCUGUAAGGAUGCUGCUGUGGGAACAGUCACUGAGACAAGGAAUUCUGGGGUCAGUGUGACAGAGGCCAUGCUUGGAGUGACUACGGAAGCUGACAAAGAAAUUGAACUGCAACAGCAAACCAUAGAAGCCUUAAAAGAAAAAAUCUAUCGCCUAGAAGUACAGCUUAAAGAAACUACCCAUGACCGUGAGAUGACUAAACUCAAACAAGAGCUGCAGGCUGCUGGAUCCAGGAAAAAAAUUGACAAAGCCAUCAUGGCCCAGCCACUUGUUUUCAGCAAAAUGGUGGAGGCAGUGGUGCACACUAGGGACCAGAUGGCAGGCAAUCAUGUGGAUAUGGCUGACAUAUGUGUUGGGACCUCCGUGCAAACAAAUAGCAUAGGCAUCUCCUGCCGGCCAGAUUGUCAUCAUAAAGUUGUGGGACCCGAACUGCCUAUGAGUUGGUGGAUUGUUAAGGAAAGGGUAGAAAUGCGUGACCGAUGUACUGGGAGGUCUGUGGAGACAUGUGACAAGCAUGUGGGUGUGGAAAUAAGUGUCUGCGAAACAGGCAGCAACACGGAGGAGUCUGUGAACGACCUCACACUCCUUAAGACCAACCUCAAUCUCAAAGAAGUGCGAUCAAUUGGUUCUGGAGAUUGUUCUGUGGAUGUAACGGUCUGCUCUCCAAAAGAGUGCAUCUCCCGGAGCAUGAACACAGAGGCUGCUGGCCAGCUAGAAGCUGCUGUCAUGGCCAUACCUCAUACCAAGAGCCAGCACACCAAUACAGUUUUGGAACAGGUGAGUCAGUUCACCAACACUGAGACGGCCACCCUAGUAGAGUCCUGCACCAACACUUCCCUAAACACUUCAGACAAGCAGACCACCACCCAGACUGUGGAGAUGCGAACAGUGGCUAUAGGAGAAGGUCGAGUCAAGGACGUUAACUCCUCUGUCAAAACUCGGUCCAUUGGGGUUGGAACUGUGCUCUCGGGCAAUUCCGACUUUGACAGGCCAUCAGCUGUGAAGACCAAAGAGUCAAGUGUGGGGCAGAUCAAUAUUAACGACAACUAUCUGGUUGGUCUCAAGAUGAGGACCAUAGGGUGUGGACCUCCGCAGUUAACUGUGGGGCUGACGGCCAGCAGGAGGAGCGUAGGUGUUGGAGAUGAGCCUGUAGGAGAAUUGUUGGAGAGCCCCCAGCCACAACCCCCUUCUGGAAUGAUGGCAGGCUUGGAUCACUACAUUGAACGUGUCCAGAAGCUUCUUGCAGAACAGCAAACACUGCUAGCUGAGAACUAUAGUGAACUGGCAGAAGCAUUUGGGGAACCUCACUCACAGAUUGGCUCCCUCAACUCACAGCUCAUCAGCACCCUAUCAUCCAUCAACUCAGUCAUGAAAUCUGCAAGCACUGAAGAGCUGAGGAACCCUGACUUCCAGAAAAUGAAUCUGGGUAAAUUCACAGGCAGUAAUAUGGACUGUACUUGUACGUGUGGAGGCCUUCAGUCUGGAAGACCAGCAAGUGCCCAGACAUCCCAGCAUGCACCAGAGCUGGGGACCAUAGAAGGGAGGCCCGUCUGCAGCCAGGAUUCCCUCCCAUCUCAGGAAAGCACGUUGAGCCCUGUGAACCUGACUGAUGACCAGAUAGCCUCUGGCCUCUAUGUAUGUACAAAUAAUGAAAGUACACUGAAGUCCAUCAUGAAGAAGAAAGAUGGUAACAAAGAUUCAAAUGGAACAAAAAAGAACCUUCAGUUUGUUGGCAUUAAUGGCGGGUAUGAAACUACUUCAAGUGAUGAUUCCAGCUCAGAUGAAAGUUCUUCUUCCGAGUCAGAUGACGAAUGUGAUGUCACUGAGUAUCCUCCUGAGGAAGAGGAGGAGGAAGAGGAGGAUGAAGAAAUGGCAGAAGGGCACCAUGCAAUUAAUAUUGAAAGUUUCAAGUCCUCCCAGGUGGAAGAUGAAAUGCAGGUUCAAGAAUGUGAACCUGAGAAGGUGGAAAUCAGAGAGAGGUAUGAAUUAAGUGAGAAGAUGCUAUCUGCAUGCAACUUACUAAAAAAUAACAUAAAUGACCCCAAAGCUUUGACCAGCAAAGAUAUGAGGUUCUGUCUGAACACCCUCCAGCAUGAGUGGUUCCGCGUGUCGAGUCAGAAGUCAGCUGUGCCAGCCAUGGUGGGGGAUUACAUUGCUGCUUUUGAGGCCAUCUCUCCAGACGUGCUCCGUCACAUCAUCAACAUGGCUGAUGGCAACGGCAACACGGCCCUUCAUUACAGCGUGUCCCAUUCCAACUUUGAGAUUGUGAAGCUGCUCUUGGAUGCUGAUGUGUGUAACGUAGAUCACCAGAACAAGGCAGGGUAUACCCCCAUCAUGCUGGCUGCCCUGGCUGCUGUGGAAGCAGAGAAGGACAUGCGGGUUGUAGAGGAACUCUUCGGCUGUGGGGAUGUGAACGCCAAAGCCAGCCAGGCAGGACAGACAGCCCUCAUGCUGGCAGUCAGUCAUGGACGCAUAGAUAUGGUGAAGGGCCUGCUGGCCUGUGGGGCUGAUGUCAACAUCCAGGAUGAUGAGGGCUCCACUGCCCUGAUGUGUGCCAGCGAGCACGGGCACGUGGAGAUCGUCAAGCUGCUACUGGCCCAGCCAGGCUGCAACGGCCACCUGGAGGACAAUGAUGGCAGCACUGCGCUCUCCAUAGCCCUGGAAGCAGGACACAAGGAUAUCGCUGUCCUGCUGUAUGCCCACGUCAACUUUGCAAAAGCCCAGUCUCCGGUCAGUGUUGUGCAGUUGGCUUUUGUGAACAGCCUAAAAUCCACCAGACUGGGCACCCCUAGGCUUGGAAGGAAGACAUCUCCUGGUCCCACUCACCGAGGUUCCUUUGAUUGAUUGUGUGCAAAUAGCCAUCCAUUUACACACCACCAUUAAGCUGCUAAUUGUUCUGUUGGGGUGACAGAUACUGAAUGUAUUGUGCCUGAGCUCACCGGCAAACAGAAGGCAUAAAGCUGAGGGGAAAAGGUUAAAGCUUUCACAGUGGAAGCUGAGCCAUCAGGAGAUAGACAGCCAGGCACUUGCGGCAACUUUUCUGGCCAUCUUCCCUUUGUGCAGGGCACACUUUACCCCAGUGUCUCUGUUGCUGUUGAGUCUCUGCUCCGUUAUGUACAGUUGUAGGAAAUCGACCUGGGCAAGCAACCUCUGUUUCUUAACCACCUCCCGUCCCCGCCCACCACCACUGCGGGAGAAGUGUCAGGUUCUCAAGGCAUGGUGUUUUUAAAUUUUCCCAUAAGUAUUUAUAUUUGCUAAAUGUGGAACCCUUGGAAAGCUCUUUGAAAAUUCCAUUCCAGGAUGGUUUUGUUGAUUAUUCUUUUUUGUCUUUAUUAUUUUAAAGUAAAUAAAUUGAGAUAACUUUGGUCAUCAGCGACUUGGGACUGGAUUGGUAGGUUUCUGGUUUAAAAAUCAAAGACGAAAGAUGGGACUCUCAAAAAGUAUAAAACAUUAAAAAAGAAAUAUGUUCGGUUGGUUCUAUCUAAAUGGAUAUAUUAUAUUACUUUAUAUAAAUGGUAUCUAUAAAAUUGGCACAGUAUUUUCAACUUUUAUAUUCCAUGGUAAUUACAGACAUGAAGAAUUACAUGUAACAUUACCAUAUUUUUAUUAAUAAUUGCACAGCUCUGUAAUUAGUGAUAAAGGUUGGAUUGUAUUAGAGGAACUGGCUUUAAAUUUGCCUCUAGAAAAACAUAGUGUAGUUCUUUCCAUAUUUAUGGAUUCCUUUAUAUCAUUUACUUUGGCCUUAUCUGUAUUUAAAUGUUUGAAGUGCCUUAGACUCUUGCCAUAUUUUCAAAAUAAAAUUUCAUUAAGCUGUUUUGCCUGUCCCUACUUCAUCUCUGACAGCUGUCU